AUGGGGGCUUGGAUCCCCUUCUUUGGGCCUCCUGCUGCUCCGCAGGGGGGAGCGGGGCCGGCCGGGGGAGCGGGCCUCCUCCCGCAGCCGCCGCCACUUUUUGGGCCAGCUCCACCACCUGCCCCACCUGCGCCAGCCCAAGCCGACCCCCUCCACCCUGCUGCCUUCUUUGGUGCCGCUAUCCUUUGCUUUGGGUUCGUGAACGCCUACCCCAUGCCGCGGCUCCCUGCUUUCCCGAUCAUCCUACGCCUGGCCGCCACUGCCGCUUCACCGGCGCCACGCGCCCUCUCUGCGACGCCUGCGCUCCUGCUCACCUGGCACCAGGACACCACCACACCACCUGCGCCGCCCCCAUCCCCUGCGACCUCGCACCGCUCUACUACCUACUGCUCGCUGCAUGCACCGCCUCCACCUGCAGUGCCACCGCCUUCGCCCACCCUGCCAUCACUGCCCCCGCGUGUUGUUGCUAAAAGGCGCACUCGCAUAGCAAAGGAUACCCAGGUGGUGGGAACGAGGAACAGUUCCCGCCUAGCCGCCAAAACCAACGGGGCAUUCGUCCACUCCACCGCCAAGGCCACCCAACUGAAGGCCCUCAAGGAAAGCUUGGCCAUGUGCUCCAAGCCUGUGAAAACGCACGUCGCUAAGAAGAAUCUCAUGCACAAGACCAAGCAACCCAUUGGUGCUGCCGACCUCAAGAAGCUGGCUGAGGCUGUUGGGCUGGGCGCAGCUUCUGCGCGUGCUCUUGACAGUGUUCUUGCGGUCACCCACGAGACUGCUGCUGCUCUCGACAAGGCGCUCCACUAUGCCACAUGA